AUGAAACUUCUUAAAAAUCCACAUAUUAUUCGCCUGUAUCAGGUGAUGGAAACAAAGAACAUGUUGUACUUAGUCACUGAAUAUGCCCCCAAUGGAGAGAUAUUUGACUACAUUGCCCAAAAUGGACGGAUGUCAGAGAGUGAAGCAAGGAAGAAGUUUUGGCAAAUUUUGUCAGCAGUUGAAUACUGCCAUAACAUGAGAGUUGUUCACAGGGAUUUAAAAGCAGAAAACUUACUUCUUGAUGCAAAUAUGAACAUAAAAAUUGCUGACUUUGGAUUUGCCAAUUUCUAUAAACCCAGUGAGCAAUUAAACACCUGGUGUGGAAGUCCACCUUAUGCAGCCCCAGAAGUUUUUGAGGGCAAAAAAUAUUUAGGGCCCCAGAUAGAUAUUUGGAGUCUUGGUGUGGUUCUGUACGUGUUGGUGUGUGGUGCCCUGCCAUUUGACGGGGAGAAUUUGCAGACCUUACGAAACCGUGUGCUAUCAGGUCGUUUCAGGAUCCCGUUCUUCAUGUCCACAGAAUGUGAGCACCUGAUUCGUAAGAUGUUACUUCUGGAUCCUGCCAAACGCUAUACCAUCUCACAAGUGAGAAAUCACGAAUGGAUUCAGGCAGAUGGGGGGCCUCCAAAAAGCUUACCUCCUAGUCCAGUUAUUGGUGUCAAGGGUCAAGUAGGAGAAUUCAAUGAACAUAUUUUACGUUUGAUGCACAGUAAUGGCAUUGACCAACAACGGACAAUAGAAUCAUUACGGAACAAUGCAUAUGAUCCAUUCAGUGCAAUUUAUUGCCUGUUGCUUGACCGCUUGAAACAACAUCGUAGCAGUUUCCCCAUCUACAAUCGAAUCGAUGCACGCAAACGCCGACCCAGUCAAAUAGCAGAGCAAGCUGUGCACCGGCGCUUACCCUACCAGACAGCUAACCAAACAAUACCCAGUGUUUCACUCUUAGUAAAUGUGAAGCAGGGUUUAUUCAACCAGACAAUGGACUGUGUAUCCCCACCUGGCCCAAGUUCUCUACCCCAAAAUGUUAGCCCUAAUUAUACAGACAACAUAGAUACUACGGCAACACGAAUUGGGUCAACUCAACCUCUGCCACCUCUACAGCCAGCUCCCUCAUCAGUCACGUCCCCUAUAUCAAAGGCCACCUGUUUGGCUGAUGUACUUGCACAAACAUGUUUGAAGCCAUCCCAUGCCAUGACCAGUCAGCUGAUAACGUCUUCGAUAGACGAAGGAGUUGAAGCAGAUAUUCUUGAAACAGAUACAGAUAGCUACAGCUCAGAUAGCCGAAAAAGUAGUCACAAAUAUUCAGAUUCAGACUCUGUGGGUGGGAUUCUGCCCUGUAGCAUGUAUAGGGACAUUUCUCCACUGACAAGCGUUGACAGCAGUCAGUCAUCACUCAAUGCAACACUCUCCUCCCCCUUCACCAGUUUUGACUCCACCCUGGAAGCGGAUAUCAAUAUGAGUCAGUCCCCUUCUUCCUAUGCUAAUUAUCCACUGGCAACAACUAGUCCACUUCCAGUCCAGACUGCUGCCAUGGCAACAUCAAUGAUUCCCCCUCCCUUAUACAGCAACAUGGCCCCUCUGGUGACCACUCAGGUUAGUGCUGACCAGAGUCAAGACCGAAAUGAAACCCACUCCCCAGUUGAUUUCCGAGAGGGUCGACGUGCAUCCGAUGGUCAGAUGACACAGGGGAUGAUAGCAUUUCGGCAACAGCUCCGUGAUACAACGAAAGCCCAAGGCAUUGUUGAACUGCGUCAAGAGUUUCAAGAACUUGCUAGUGGCAGUGGUCCUUCAAAAGCAUCUGCAGAAUUGAGCAAGUCUCGACCACACAGAACAUAUGAGAGAAUGAAGUGGCGACAAUGGUCUCUGGAAGAGGCACCAACCUCUAAGCCUCGCCAGGUGCUAAAACGUAUGAGUUUACCAACAGAGACUACAGACCUGCAACCCCAUCGGCUGCUGGCACUGAAACAGAGCAUGCAGGUAGAGCAACAGUUAGAUCAGGCAGGACAGAGUGAGCCGACAGCCCAGUUAUUGCUACACCCUCAGACAGGAGGAGCAGCAGUGGCUGAAUAUACGCCAGGAAUGAACAGAUCUCAGUUUUUGGUUCACCAAAUGCGAUUACAACAAAAGAGACAAAAUUUUCAUAAGCAGUGCAUGCUCCAGCAUCAGUUCCAACAAUUGCACAUAGAUGCAUCUGGAACUGCACCUGCUCCUCAACCACAUCAAUAUCCUGCUCAGUAUAGCAUGUAUUAUAUGCCCCCACAGCCCCCUCAGCCUGCUGUGACACCUUCAAUCCCUCAUUCAUUACCAUUGACUGAGCCUCACCCACCUGCAACGCAGCAAGAUACUCUGGUGUCUGGAACAACAUCUUGUUACUCUCUCCCUUUACAAAAUUGGCAUUCACAAUCAUUCCCAUCACAUCAGUCCCCUCAUCAACCCACUAUACCACCCUUAACAACACCUCCCAGCUUAGGAACAAUGAAACAUGGACCUUUAGAAAGGCUACCUCAGGAGCCUAUACCCCCAACGUUACCCAGCUCUCAACAGAAGAUGUCUGUCAGUGUGUCUCCAAACUAUGCUCUCCCACCUGAGCUGACUCAGUCACCUGCAUCACCACCCUUACUGACACACUGCCAGUCAGGAGAGGCCCAAGAACUUGCCAUGUGUAACAGAAUGAUUGCAGUAGCUCCUCAGCAGAAUUCUCCUUCAAACACUACAUAUGAAACACAGAUCUACACUGGUUGUGAUGCUCUAACCCGCCAUGAAAUCUCCAAUCUACCAUCAGUUGUUGAGGCUGAAACACGAAAUUGUACAGCUGGAACACACCUGCUUCAUCCAAAUCAACGUAUGCACAUGCCAUCACAGGCCCAUGGCUUGCCAAGUGGUUCAUCACAUCGAGGUGUUGCUGUCGUAAGUCAGAGUGAAGUGUCUAUUGAUUCUCUUCUUAAGGAGGCCUCACAGCCACCUUAUACCAGUGUACAAAGUGCAGACCUUUUGUAUGAGCAUACAAGUGCACCAACAACAGAAUGUACACUUUGUCCCCAUUACAUUAAAAAUCAAGACACUGUCUAUUUACCCAGUGCAAGUGGCAACAUGACCCCCCAGACACUCCAUGACGAACAGAUGGAUUUUUCCUAG